ACUUUCCAUCGGUUGUCCAUGGUUACAGUGUAUGUAUAACAAACAACGGAAAAUUAGAAAUCGGAACAGCUGGCAUUGGAAAUCGGCGUGCUUUUGUUCAAUUCGGAUAAAUUUCCUUUCCAGGAAUAGGAAAAAUAAUACGCAUUACUUAACGUGUUCAAUAAGUACUCCUCACUUUGUUAACAAAACCGAAAGUGAAACUUGUGUGUUACAAGCGCGCAACGAAGCAUGCAAACCAAAUAAUCAGUGGACGUUCUGACGGAUAAUAUCGAUUGCGUGUCAGUGAAACAGAAAAAUAAACUCAUUGAUCCCAAAAUGUCAUCUAGCAUGAGGUCUUCGAUCAACUUAGAUUAUGUAGUGCUUCGAUUUUCGGGGAUAUAAAUUUCGGAUUUCCCUGCGAAGUAUGGAAAGUUUGUACUCAAGCAAAAGUUCUAACAUUUCGGCACUUCAUCGGCGAAAAGCGGCUGCUGCCAGGCAACCGGGGUUUGUGAUAGCAUCAAGUAACGAUGUCCGGCACCGGGUGAUGUCGGCGCGUGUGUUGCGUUUCAAGCAACUUCAAAAUCAGUUAGAGUUGGCUCACCAUCAAAUUGCUGAACUGACAAAGGAUAAUCGCUUGUUAAGGUCUCUUCAGAAACGUCAGGACUCUGCGUUGUCCAAAUAUGAAAAUUCAAACGCAGAAUUGCCAAAACUAUUACAUUCGCAUGCGGAGGAGAUCCGAACGUAUCAAACUAAAUAUCGAAAUUUACAGAACCAGAAUAAGGAGCUAGUCAAUAAACUGAAACACAAGGACGCGCAUAUUCUAACGAUAACCGAUCAGAACAAACAUCUUAUCCAGUUGAACAAAGACAAACAUCUGGAAGAGCGUGAACGGUUGGCCGAACGCGUCCGAGACCUAGAGACGCGGUUGAUCGAGAAAGACAACGAUGCCAAAUUGCUUGCGAGACGUCUGCAACUUGAAACUAAAAACUUCAAGGGACAGCUUCAACAAGAGGUCCUAAAGCAGCGUGAGAUAAGUCAAAAACUGGAAAGGGCACACCACGAAAUUCAACGUUUGAGCUCCGUUAUAGAGAUUUAUGAGAAACGCACUCCAUCAACUUUGCUAAAGAACAGCAGCUUUUUAAUGAAAUCUCCCAAACCAACUUCGGGCCACCUUGCUCGUCUCGCUAAUGGAUCUCCUGUAAAGCCUGCGUUUCCGGUGAGCCAAUUACAGAGUCUUGCCGAACCUGUUCCAGUGACGACUAUGGAGAUUUCUCCGAAAAAACAUCUUGACGAAGGAGACGGUGAUCACCGAACGCUGAAUCUCAACUCACAAACGCUUAGGCCGAUAGGAAUAAUUGAAGAUCCAACACCUUCCGUUUCGCCAGCUAAAUUAAAUAAGGCGAAGAAAAAACAUCCUAUUACGCCGGUUUAUGAGGAGAGAGAUAACAAAAAUGAUGCAAACAACAGGCAACCAGAACAUCAGUACGAUGAGUCAUUUUGUAAAGAUUUCAACCAAUAUGCACUUCAACAGGAAGCAGAGUUCGAUGAGGCAAUCGAGCACGAACUUUCUAGGCUAAAGCAGGACAUUUCUAUUGAUGGGCAUGCCAACAGUCUAUUGCGAAGAAGAAAAAGUAUUGUAACGACUGAAGUUUCUUACGAAGAAGACUAUGAACCAGAAUUAAUUCCUGAAAACAAUGUUGGAACAAAAGCGAUAAUCUAUGACCAUAAAGCACACAUUACCGAACUGGAGAAACAGAUUCGCAAUAUGGGCGGUCCAUUGUUGAACGGAAAAGACACGAAAUAUAUCAAUGGUAAGAAAAGCACCUCAUCUAGCGAUACAGAUCAGGAAUCUAACACGGGAACUAAUACCAGUCGAGACUCAUCGUCUAAGGAAUUUGAGUCAAUGAAACGAGAGAUACGGCAAAGCAUACUGAAGAAAGAAUGUUUGUUGGAUACAAUUUGCGACGAAAUCAAUGGAAAAGACUCACAAACAAAAUCGUAUAACGGACGUUCAAAGGACCCUCAGAAGCGAUCGCAGAUUGAUCCCAAGAAGAAGAAAAAAUUAUUAGAAGCGCUUAAAGCUAUCGAUGGUGAUAGUUUCGACAAAUAAUCACGAACUGAACGAUAUCAUUUUUCGGCCAUUUGCAUAAUUUUCGCUGGCUUUGAUGCGCGUUUUCACGACUGUCUGAUAAUUAAAUGAAUUGUAUAUAUUUCUAUGG